UUGUCAACUAACCUGCCUCCAAUAGAAACCUCAAUGACUUGCUACAUUCCAAGUUAUUGUACAGGAAUAAACUGUUGUAUAGAGGUGGAUCAGAUUGGUAAAACUUUUAAUGUCUAUGCUUUGUUAGAUGGCUGCAACUGGAGGCUCACUUUGGGUAUUGAAAGAAGAAAAAUUGAUAUUUCACUGCUAGAUUAUAAUUGGGGUCAAACUCAAAUUUUCACACUUAUGGAUAUUAUUUACCUGGAGUACUCAGUACAUGACUUAAAAGGCGAGAAUAGUUACAUGCUAAAUGUGAAAAUAAAAGUUUGCCUACAAAAAGGAGGUGGAUCAUGCUUGUUUACAAAGACUCUGUUUGAAAAUACUAAAAUACAAAAGUUUGGAUGUGACUGGUCUCACAGUGAAUUUAAGAUACAAGAUUUUUCUCUCCAAAAGUUUUUAUCAGACAAUGAUGUAGUUGACAAUGCAGCAGGAUUAAUACUGGACAAGUUAUUGGAGGAAUUAGGAAUAACCUCAGAACUUAAGGAUACACAAUGCAAUAGAGCACUGUCCCCCUAUACUCCUGUGGAUUCUAAUGGCUGGAAUAUAGGGUGUGAGAAAACAUUACCAUAUAUUUUACCUGCAAUACCUAAUACAAUGAGUUGUCACCUGACUGAUACCUGUACAGGUAUAGAUUGUUGUAUAGAUGUGGACCAGAUCAGUAGAUCUAUCAAUGUUUACAUCAAAUUGGAUGCCUGUAACUACAAACUGACAGCAGGAAUAGAGAAACUUACAUUUGAUGUGCCUCUACUGAAUUACGAGUUUGGUCAGAAACAAAGCUUCAGACUGAAAAAUAUCUUCAGGAUUGAUUAUUCCAUCAUAGAUUUAUCAAUGGAGAAGCAGUUUGUAGUGGACAUGGAUGUCAGUGUAUGUUUUGAAGCUAAUUCACCAUGUGUCUUCACAUCAACAGUCAUGAACAGUGCUAGGUUACCUAAACCUAUAUGUGACCUGAGAAGUAAUUUGUCUUUUGAAGACAUAUCCUUUAAAGAAUUAGUUGAGAACCUACUGUUGGAUGUUACACAACAGUUACCAUCAUAUGCUGCUGACAUAUUACUAGAGAGACUUGGUAUAUCUCAAUGGAUGCAGGAUGUACCAUGUAGUAGACAGUCAUCACAAUAUACACCUAAUGUCAAAGGAUGGAAAAUAUUGUGCCCUUCAAACAUACCUCUCCAAGGUUUGACAGGAAAUUUAAGCUGUACAAUUCCCGAUUACUGUACUGGUAUAGACUGUUGUGUAGAGAUCCCACAGAUUGGUCGUACCUUCCAUGUCUAUUUGUUAUUAGAUGCUUGUUCACACAGACUUAAAAUAGGAAUAGAAAACCUGGGAUUAGAUCAAGCUUACUUUAACUUUGAGUUUGAUAAAGUCCAUGAGAUAAGGCUAAGCAAGCUUUUAACCUUACAGUAUUCAGUGAGUGAUCUGGAUGGAAAGAAGAAGUACAUUGUCAAUAUGAACAUUACAGUUUGUUUGGAACCUUUGGGAUCUUGCAUCUUUACAUGGGACAUUCUAAAGGAUGUUUAUUUACCUAAACUUGGAUGUGAUUGGAAUACAAGUAUGUCUGGAUCUGAUUGGAAUAUAAGUAUGGCUGGUAAGUAUCUUUACAUGGGACAUUCUCAAGGAUGUUUAUUUACCUAA